UCUAUGGCGCCGAAGAUGAAAUUCAAACUAUUUGUUGUGGAUAUUCCGAUCGUCUUCAUUGUACAGUUCGUACAGCUGCAGUUUUCUGGUGUUUAUGGGUUAAUAUGGAGAGCAGGUUCAGGAAACAGUUACAGAUAAUGAUUUAACUGUGUGUUUAUAAACGGGGUAGCAGAGCAGUCUGGGGUUCAGUCUAGUCAUGGGGGUGAAUGAUUUGUGGUCAAUCCUGAGUCCGGUGCGGGAAUCCGUCCCGUUGUUCAGUCUCGCAGGUAAAACUCUAGCUGUGGAUCUCAGUCUGUGGAUCUGUGAAGCUCAGCAUGUCCAAGGCAUGAUGGGCAAAGUCACAAAACCUCACCUACGCAAUUUGUUUUUUCGCGCAUCUUCCCUCCUUCGCAUGGGCACCAAGCUCGUUUUCGUUAUGGAAGGAGAAGCUCCCAAGAUCAAGGCAGAGACUAUGAGCAAGAGAACAGGGAUGAUGUUCAGUGGCAGUAAAUCCAAGAGCAUCUCUAAACCAGCAACAGCCAAAAACACCAGCAGAGGGCGGUUUAAAGCUGUGCUGAGAGAAUGUGCUGAGAUGUUAGACUAUCUGGGAAUACCGUGGGUGUCUGCAGCAGGCGAGGCAGAAGCGAUGUGUGCAUUUUUGGAUGCGCAGGGUUUGGUGGACGGCUGCAUUACCAGUGAUGGCGAUGCUUUCUUAUACGGCGCACAAACUGUCUACAGAAACUUCAACAUGAACACAAAGGACCCUCAGAUAGACUGCUAUAAGAUGUUCAGAGUGGAGACUGAGCUGCAGCUGAAGCGAGAGACACUCGUGGGCCUGGCCAUGCUCCUGGGCUGUGAUUACAUACCUAAAGGUGUUCCAGGCGUUGGGAAAGAACAAGCUCUUAAAUUAAUACAGAAUUUAAAAGAAACAACUCUUCUUCAGAAAUUCAGUGAUUGGAGGAAAACUGCUUCCGAGAUUCAAGAGUUUGCUGUGAAGAAGGUCACCCACUGCCCGGUGUGUCGUCACCCCGGUUCUACUAAAGCUCAUGAGCGCGGUGGCUGUGUGUUUUGUGGCAGUGCAAAAUUCUGUCAGCCUCAGGACUAUGAAUCGCAGUGUCCCUGUGACUGGCACCGCUCUGAGCACGUUCGCCAUGCCUCUUCUGUCGAAACGGUCAUCAAAAAGAAAACCCUGGCCUGUGACAUGUUCCCUUUCACAGAGAUCAUCAAUGAAUAUUUGGUUCCAAAGGACAAAGCUGUUACUAGUUUUAAAAGACGGAAACCCAACCUACUCCUCAUGCAGAAUUUUGCUCUGGACAAGAUGGAGUGGCCCAAACAUUACACCAGUGAGAAAGUUCUUUCUCUGAUGACCUACACUGAACUUAUGAACAGAAGUCAAGGGGCACAAUCAUCAACACAGAUUCAACCUAUUCGAAUACACAAGCGGCGCAUAAGGAAUGGUAUCUCCUGCUUUGAAAUCCUGUGGUGUAAACCAGAUCAUUAUGUAUUUCCUGAGGACUGCUCUCAGGAGGAGACGGAUGUAGUGAGGACUGUGGAAGAGGAAACCCUGUUCACCGUGGCUUUCCCAGACAUUGUCCAGCUCUUCCACAAGGAAACCACAGAGACCAAGGACAACAAACUAAAGAAGAAAAAGAAACCGAAGGCAGAAGAAGAGAAUCCGGCUGUUUCUUCUGAUGGAGUGUCUGAUCUUUUUGCUCAGAUGUCACUGAAAAGUUUUUCACAUCCUGAAGCCCUUGUGUCCUCAGGGAAAAGCUUACAGGCGAUACCCAUUCCUGAGUCUGAUGCUGACCGCUGUGUCGCUGCCACACCAACUACUGCAUCACAUCUCACUAAACACUCUAAUUGUCAUGAAAUCCAGUCAGCAUCUGAUGGCCCUCUUUCCUCAUUGAGACAACCAGCAGUUCUAGCUUCAUCCUGCCAUACAGGGACAGUAUCUCAGGUCCAGAGUUCCCUUUCAGUAUCUGUAGUGAUUGAUGAGCUUCACUUGAGUAGCAUAGACUGGGAUGCUUUGUCUUUUACUGCUGCCCCAUCUCCUCAGUCUCAGCACUGUAAAGCUGAUCCUCAACCAGUAAAAAUAUCAGAUGAAGGUACCAAAAUGGAAGUCUGUGGUUCAUCUACUGCUGAAUCAACAGCUCCAGGGACUGAUGGCCUUUCACAGUGUUCACUGAUGGAAAGAGUCCAUUUGAGGAAUAUGAUAAAGUGUUCUGGUUCUCAGAAUAAUGAAGAGAAGGAAUCCAAAGUUGUUAGUUCUGAACUGAAAUGCGCUUUAGGUUUAGGUCACAACCCUAAAGUACCAUCUCAGUCACGGGAUCACAAAUUGGAGCUUAGCACAAUUAACACUAUGGCUUCUGAUGCAAAGGAAAAAGCAUUCACAAAAACACAGCAGCCCAAAGAUUCUUUCCCUGUCCUGGUGCUACCCAAAUACAAAUUUGUUAAACCCAAACACUUCAACAGAAUGUCCAAAGAUCCUGAUCAGACACGUAAAGAAAGUGCAUGCAAGAACAGCGUUUGUAGAAGACAAAGUUCUUCCAGUGAUGACAGUGAAGUGGUGAAUCAGCCCCGAGCCAAACAACAAAAACUAAAAGCCAAUGUCAAGCCUAAAUCAUGGAUUGUACAAAAAACUGUCCGAGCACAGCAACUUGGUAAACAGGACAGAUGCAAUACGUUUCCAAAUUCUGUAGACACACAUCAAAGGUCAGACUCCACGACUCCUGAAAAACAACCAUUCAACACAAACUCAAGAACAAAUCCCAUAACACAGACAUGCAGUACAAAGAGUGAUGAGGAUUCAGAUGCUUCCUUUUGUAGCCCUUUGCCACUAGCAGAGAGGUUGAAACUUAAAUUUAACAAAUAAAAAUAAUGCCUUUAAUUACUGCUAAUAAACCAUCUGAUUUUGUUUUUAUUAAUAAUUGAUUGCAACUCUAUCAGUGCAUGUUUGUACAAAAAAUGUGCAAUUUACUAAAGUUUGGGUUGCAUGUUGGGUUUGUCUCAGUGUAUACUAGACAUGAUAAAUUUAAUACCCAUAGGACAAACUUGAAGUUAUCACCUCUUUUAUUAGGAUUAACAUCUAAUUAUCUUCUUACUGAGCCACCAGGCCAUGUGCUGAUUUUGUGACAUGAAGUAACAGCCAUGUACUAAUAAGGACGUUAAAAAAAUAAAAGCUUAAACGUG